AUAACAUGGUCGUCUGAUAUGGGUAAAUGUCUAAAUGUAAUUGUAUAAUGUCGUGUAAUGUGAUAGUACCACAACUGUAUGUAUAUAUUGACAAGAGGCGAAUAAAGUGAAUGUCAAGAAAGUAUGAACAAUUUUCGAAAUUUCUUGAAGAGAUCUUUGGAAAGAUAUCCAAUCGUCACAAAUUCUUUGAUAUAUGGAACAUUGUGCUCGGCAUCUGAAUUCUCGCAACAAACCCUUUCAUGUUGGGGGGACCGUCAAGAACCAUAUAAUAGCAGUGCCAUCGGAAGAUAUGUAAUUUAUGGAACAUUUAUAGGAGGACCACUGAUAGCCAACUGGUACAGGACUUUGGACAGAUGGUUCCCUGGAAAAACUUCGAGCAUCAUAGUCAAGAAAUUAAUGAUAGAUCAAUUCACAUUCACACCUGCACUAUUAGCGAUUUUUUAUGUCUCCAUGUCUAUAAUGGAACAGAAAGCAGAUCUGUUUGAAGAAAUGAAACAAAAAUUUGUUCCAACAUUCAAGACUAGUUGCAUGUUCUGGAUGCCUGCUCAAACUAUGAAUUUCCUGCUGAUUCCUCCAAUGUACAGGGUAUCCUAUAUCGCAAUGUGUUCAUUUGCAUGGAUAAAUAUUCUGUGCUUCAUCAAGAGGAAAAAUUGAGUGUUACCAAAGAGUUUUAGUGUGUUCCAUAGAAUUAUUACAGUUUUAUACCUGAAUAAAGUUUAUAAAGUAUUAU